UGAUAGACGUUAUCCAGGUAACGCUAGCUAGCUGCUAACGUUAGCUAACAAUGGCUAACUGCAUGGUUUUUCACACACAAAUAGCCUCCAUCAUGGAGCUGCUAGCGAAUGCAGCCGUGGCAGAUAUCUGUAAACUCGUAGACGACGACUAUGCAGUCUUUCGUUUGGAAAUGUCUCAAAGCCAUAAAGAAAACAGGGCAUUGCGGAGGAAACUACAGCUACUGGAACUGAAGAUGGCACGGGAGCGUGCAGAGAGGACAAUGCGAGAGCGCGCACUCGCCAGUCGUCCCAGUAGUGUCAAGAUCCUCGACCGAUACAGAGGAAUGGAAAGAGGUGAAGGACAUCUCACUGGAGGCCACAGGAGCUUUGUGAAGCCAGCAGGACACAAUACAUGGAGAGAUGACCAA